AUGACCCCAAUCAUGGUCCGAUGCGCUGCCCACUCCCGCCGGCAGGACCCUGAAGCGGCCCGGCUCCUCGCCGCCGUCUCCCCUACAGCCGAACCUUCCCACCUCUUCCGCGCCACCAGCCGGGCCUCGCCCCUUCUUCCGACCCACCGCCCAGCGGCCGGGCCUCGUCCCGCCGUCUUCCCCGCCACCGGCCGGGCCACUGGCUUCCCACCGCGCCUCCCCCGCCGCCAGCCCUCAGCCCCGCCUCCGGCGAUGUCGAUUCCUCGCGCCGCCACUAUCCCAUGCCCAGGCCGCUCUCCGCAUGACCCACCCGCUCCUGCUGCCAGCAACAUCCCGUCGGCCGUGCGCUACCUGGCCGUCGCGGCGGCGCGCUGCCGCGGCCUUCGCCUCCACGCGAUGCGCGUCACACUUCCCUGUCGGACGUCCACACGCGCUGUACAGCCGUCUUCGCGUGCAGCUCCGGUCGCCGCUCCCGCGUUCAGCCCCAGCAGGCCCGUCCCUGGCGGCCUACUCUCCUUUCCUUUACCUGAACUGUUGUUUGGCACUGACCUAGACUUCCGAUAG